UCUCUCCUCCCUCUAAUUUUCCUCUUUCUCUCAUUUUUCCUUUCGCAAAAAAUAACUACUUCUUUAUAUGUAUGUAUAUAUAAAUGUAUAUACCGUUUUCUUCCCUAAGAAUCUCAAUUUUGUUUUUCAUUUUUGUUUCCUUCUCCCUCAGUUUUUGCUUAUCUGAGGAGAAUAAGGGGCACAUUUUUGUCUUGCGGACCCAGAGAUACCCUCCUCCUCAAGGUGUUUCUGGGUUCUUCAAUCUCGACAAGUAGGUUUUAAAAACUUCGUUCUCACCAGGAAUUUGGCGGGAAUUGAUCAAAGAUGUUGGGAGAUUUCAUCACCAGAUGUUUUGUAUUAAUUCUUGGGUAUGCAUACCCAGCAUUUGAGUGUUAUAAAACAGUUGAGAAGAACAGGGUAGAGAUUGAGGAACUCAGAUUUUGGUGUCAGUACUGGAUCCUCGUUGCAUUUCUGACAGUGUUUGAGAGGAUCGUGGAUAUCUUCGUAUCAUGGUUACCUAUGUAUGGUGAAAUGAAGGUGGCUUUUUUCAUCUACUUGUGGUAUCCAAAAACCAGGGGAACAGGGUAUGUAUAUGAGACAUUGCUGAGGCCUUAUGUAGCCAAGCAUGAAACAGAUAUUGACAGGAAGAUAUUGGAAUUGAGGGCAAGAGCUUGGGAUUUCUUCAUUCAGUACUGGCAGAAUUGCACCCAGUUGGGUCAAUCCACUUUGGUCCAAAUUUUUCAGCAAUUGAUUGCUCAAUCUACCAAAUUCACCACAUCUAAUAAUCAGGUAUUCUGAACACCAUACUUGCCAAAUUUUCAGAACUGUGUCAGAAUUGUUCGAUGCUAAAAGUUCAGUUUUUAAUCUAAAAAUUUAAAAG